AUGAGCAGCAUACACAUGGGUAAGGCACUUUCUAAUAUGAUAAGUACAUUCGACAUCAUGUUCCCUCCGGUUCAAGAGAUGGCGAUGGAAAAGCGUCCAUCGCAAAAGAUAGCCUUACCACAGCAUUCUGAGGCAAUAAAUCUGUAAUUCACUAAACUAAUUAUCACUGUUCUAUCGCUAAACCCCCCUCGAAUUUUGAUAGAAAAACUGAUCCUCCUUAAAAGCUUUAAGGAACUUUUCUCGCUCAUUGACAUUAUUACCCAUUAUGCUUUGUUUUUAAAUCGAUCUUUCUAUUUUUAUUAUUGUUCUUAUUAUUAGUGGUAGUAUUACUAUUUUUACUAUAUAUUAUUAUCGUUAUUAUUAUUAUUAUCAUUUUCAUUAUAAUCGUACCAUUUUCUUUUAUUCUUUUCUCCAAGAUGUUCUUGUCAGGAAAAUCUCCUACCGAAACCACAGCCACCACUUUCGUCUGGAGGAACCUACGGGAGAAAAUCUCCUGAUCAUUCCAUCGGCAAAUUUGGACAAUGGUUUGAAAAUUUAAUUUUUUUAAUAUGCGGUGUUUAGACGUUUUGUUCUUUUAUCAAUCCAUAUAUUCAUGUGUUCAUUUCGAUUUUUUUGUUGAUUUAGCAUAAUUUUCCACAAUUCGUGAAAUUGUUACAUUUUUAUUUCUUUCCCAGGUUCAGUGAUACUCGGAGUGAUAUAUAAAGACCUCCAUCAACUAUUUACUAGAAACCAACCAGAGAACAGUACCCUGAACAAUCCAAGGUCUCCCAGAUCUGAAUUAUACUUACUUUUCACAUCUUUGUAUACAUAAACGCUUAUUUAAUUUCUUCAAGCCAAAAACUGGGGGUUUUUAAGCUAAACAAUGUAUAUUUAUUUGUUUUAUUUAUGCUUGGAAAUGUGCAUUUGAAGUUUAAUAAUUCUGACUUUUUAAUGUUCCGAAAUAGAGAAGUCAACUCCAUUAUUAUGGCUGCCACAAUAAUUCCUUCGCCCACGAAACUACAGGAAAAUAUAACUUUGAAGUUCAAAAACAUGAAGGUAGUAUGAGAUAUGAUUUUCUUUUCAUGAUAAUUUUUACCAUACCGUGUCUUUUCUGGUUGAGAUCGAGUCACUGUCUGAAAUGAAACUCGCUUAUUUUUAGCCUACCUGCGUUGCUUAUGAAUUCGGAUUUCGUUAGAUUUCGAUAUGUAGUCCACAAUGCGUUAUGUUAUGUAUCUUUCAUGAAUUAUGUUUUUUUGCUAUUAUUCCAUGAUUUUAGUAUGCAACUAACGAGAAAAAGUGUAUGUUCUGGAACAUGUUCGAUGAGAGGUAAAUAUAGCUUGAUUGUCUCUCUAGCAUUUUUUUUCUUAUUCAAGUUAUAUCAUGAGGCUAGCAUUGGGUUGAUUAAGUGGGAAUAAUGCAUGAUUUAUGCUUACCAGUUUCUUCUCGGUCUGAUGCGAUCACUUAUAUCUGAAUGAAGUCAAGCUACGAAAGAGUUCUAGUAAGCUAAAUCGUGGAGCCCUCUGUUCAAAUUUUUCACAUGAAGCUCUCCACGCGUGAAGAACAAAUUUUGAGAAAUAGUGAAUGCAUGCAAGUACUUAACCCUUUAACUCCCGAGAUCUCACUAGUAAUUCUCCUAAAUGUGUGCCAUACAGUUCUUGUGGUGUUAGUUUGUAGAAUUUUGUAUUGCAUCAACUCAAAAUCCUCUAACUGAUAAUCUUUUUUAUUCUCAUCACUUGUCUGCUUGAAAUUGUAUUGAUAUUGUAAGGAGAAAUUCUGUAUUGGUCACUCGUAGGAGUUAAAGGGUUAAAAGGAUCAUCGUCAAACAGUCAAAGUUUGUCACCUCGAGUACUUAUCAAUAUUAUUGGAUAUGGGGCUCCGUCCCCAUGACUUGCACUAGAGUCUUGCUUGAUCGAUAAAUUAUCUAUUUUACGUUUCAGUUCCAUUGGCUGGUCAGGAGAAGGAUGCUACGUCAAAUCUACUGAUGCAUACCAAACAGAAUGCACGUGCAAUCAUUUGACUCAUUUUGCUGUUCUUCUGGACACAUCAACUGGAACAGAGACUGCCGAUAUAUCAGAGGUAAGUGUCACCACAACGCCUGCAACUCCCCUUUACGAUAAUAUCUGCUUGUAUAUUCAAACAAAUACGUAUUAUUUUAACAUUUUAGUUUUUAAAGUAGAAUAAAACUUGAUUAAAUUGAUGUAUUUAGAUUUGUAAAUCUUUUGAAGUAUUGUUAUUGUUUAUAUUUCCCCUCGUUAAAGAAAGACGAAAAGAACUUGGAAAUUCUAACAUACGUCGGGCUGACCCUUUCUGUUAUUGGUAUCACAUUGACGAUAAUCAGCUAUCUUACUCUCACGUGAGUAAAGUGAUUAGAAAUUAGAAAUGUAUGUCAGUCAGAACAGUAAAUAACUGAUCGAAAAAAGUUUGCACAUACGCUGAGUUCUGUCAAUGGACAAACAGAAGUGAUAAUCGUGCAGUACUAACCGGAUUGCCCAUUGUUUGCUUACUUCUUCGAGUUCUAUGAUGACGAGAAGACCUAGAAUCAUUAUCCUUAACAACAUACCUAUCUUAACUUCUACAAAAGAAAGAAAGGGUAAAAUUUUGGAAAAUAAAGGGAACCAACAAUCACCUUCAUUGUUAAUAAAGAAUAUCUCUUUUAUGUCUUUUUUAAAUGUUUUUUCCUUUCUUUUCUUUUCCUUCUAUUUUUUCCUUUCGUUUUUGUUGGCGUGCCAGAGAUAUGAGAGGACCUUUAUCCCAGAUUCGAGUGAGUCUCGUCACUUCUCUUGGUGCAGGACAAAUCAUGUUUCUCGCCGGGAUUGGAGCGACUGGGAACAAGGCAAGAAUUCUGUGGAAAUUGAAAUAUUUACUGUCCAGAAACGAAGAGGCCAAUUGACACGCAGAAGACUGCGAUGAAUAUCAACUUCGAAGAAAAUGAAACUAACGCAAUUUAAAGGCUUUUCGAACAGUUUUAAGUACUUUGAUUUUUUUUUUUUGGUCGAAUAUCAUUUUUCUUGUAUUUUAGUGAAAAUGGCUUUUAUGAUGAGCGGUGCGUCCCCGAAAUCUCUCUAGGCUUCUGGAUCGGUCAGUUUGCAACAGGAGUCAAGACGACACGCCUUAUCAAUAUUUACGAUACAAAUCAAUCAUGGCGUAUGUAUCAUUAAGGCAAAUUGCAAAUUAACAGAACUUUCCUCUUUCGCUUUCCAUUUUCCCAGGGAGGUUGCCUUACAGUGGCAGCCCUUAUGCAGUAUUUUUUGAUGGCUGCCUUUUGUUGGAUGCUGGUCGAGGGAAUUUACCUCUACCUGUUUGUUGUGAAAGUUUACAACGUUGGCGACAAAUUAAGAAUGUGCCAUGGAAUUUCAUGGGGUAAGGUACUCUGUGGCUAUUAAAAUAUUUAAACACUUUUAAUUACCACCCUUUUGUGUUUUUACAAUAUAGUUACCUAUGUCUCAUAAGUCCAACUAAUUUAGGUAGCAGUUUCUUCGAACGAUUUGUCUUCGAUUCUCGUUCACACCAUAUUAUCUGUGCGUCCUUGUUCCGUAGGGACCCCUCUCCGAAUUCAAGAAUACGGGGCCAGGAACAUAAUCUGUUACUUAUAUUGCAUACUUCAGUCCUAAAUAUCCCUGAAUAGCGGUGCUUAAGAUUAAUAUCCAAUGUCGAAAGGGAAAUUCUACCCUUGACGGGUGGGAAUAAGUUUCAUGUCUGAUUUUUUUAAUCCUGUAGGCCUUCCCGCGCUCAUCGUUGCCAUAUCACUAAGUAUUGCAGCUGGAAAAGAUGGGAUCGAAAGUUUUGUGGCUGAUAAAUAGUGAGGAGAAUUUCAUUCUACUGGUCUAAUGUCAUCCCACCCAGCUUUCCAAGAAGUGAUCUGACGCAAGUAUUUUGGAAAACGAGCAACUAUCUUGUUAGAGCUGAACCAAAUACACGUGUGGAUUAAAAUAAUUAUUAUUUUCCGUUUUUAUGUAUUGGCUUACUGUUAUUGUGUUUCGAGAUAGAAAACCUAAAAAUUCUGAGUCUGAAAAUCAAUUUUAAAUCGGAUUGUUCAGGCUGCAAUUAUGGAUUCCAUCAGUCAAUAUUCUACAGAAAAGGCGCGAUCAACGCUUUCAAUGUGUGGAAAAUCCAUAUUGGUAUGUCAAGUAGUCAUUGACAAACAAAGCAUCUAUUUAUAGUUUUGUUUCCUUUUCGUUUUUUGUGUUACUUUGUUUAUUUACUAUUAUCUUUUAUUUUUUUUUCAUUAAAGCUGCUGGAUGUCUUCUGCCAAUGGCCUGAUCUGGAUAUUUAUAGUAUUUGUUGUGCUGAUUGAAUUUGUGAGUGAAAAUAACCAAGAUUAUCAUUAUCGAAACUAAAAAAAAAUCUUUCAUGGGGCUCAUAUAGGUUUAUUUCCUUCUUUAAGUUCAACAUUCUGAUCCUCGGGCGGGUUAUCAAGGAGAUGGUGACUAUGCAACAAGAGAAGGACAAACAUAGCGAGCAAAUAAGGUAUGGUCUCCUCCAUAAAAGGAAAUCCGGUUUCAGGAAUAUUGGGUCUUUGAAUCAGCUCCUUCUCUUAAAACGACAAUCUGGAAUCUAACCUUUUCACAAAUCUACUGAGGAAGAGUCCGAAAUCCGGAACAGUAACAACGAGAAACCAUCUUGAUAGAAUAACUACCUAAUAGUGCUUUAUUGUUGUUGUUGUUUUUUAUUUUGUUUUGUUCUGUUCUUUUCCAGACUUGGUGUCAAGGCAUGCAUAGUUAUGAUUCCUCUGCUGGGGAUCUCGUGGUUAUUUGGUUUAUUGGCACCAUUACAUAAAGCUUUCGCCUACAUCUUCACGAUCCUCAACUCUACACAGGUAAGAUGUAGAUAAAGGUCGGUGGAGAUCAAAAGAUGUUAUAUUCUGUCAGAUGCACAAUCCCGGGAACCUUGGGAUGGUGUUAUGUUGAAUUCAUUACUCUGCCAGCUCAGUGGUUUAAAAAUUGUUUAAAUCUGGUGAAAUCAUAAUCAACUUAUCAUCAUCAUAAUGAAAAAACUUCUCACUUCUAUUUAAUUCAACAGGGUUUCUUGAUCUUUCUUCUUCACUGCGUGAGGAACAGUGAGGUCAGUGAUUUAUCGUUAAAAAUUGCAUCACAAUUUCUGGUAUUAUAUCGAUUUUUUUUAAACUACAGUGGAGACCAGGAAGUUCUAUUUAAUUUCGAUGUCAUAUCAAAGAAAUUAAGCCCUAGUUCGAAGGGCUCGUCCUUAGAUCCGGACUACCUGGACAAGCAAAAGCAAAAUGACAAAACGAAGCAAUGUAGGACCAAAAUUAUCAUUAUAUUCACUUGCUCUGAAGGGUUUGAAGCUCCACACGUGCACAGGAGCUCCGCUCAAAUUCCCGUGUCUGAGGAUGGGGGUGUAGGAAGAAUGGAGAAAAGACAUGUGUUUCAGAUCGGUCUCUUUUACGGCGUAAAAUGUUAGAAUAUAAAGUUAAUGUUGAUAAUAUUUCCUAAGCGCAAAAAAGGAAGAAUUAUACGCCAUUUUUUUUUUCAUUUUAUAUCGAUACCUGUCUAGAUUAACUCCAGAUAGCUGAAUGACGUCAAAUUUAGUUGUGACUUGUAAAAACUAGCUGUUGUUGAAAGCCCAUACAUCACAAAGUCAAAGAAAAAAAGAGUACGACUUACAAACUCCUUGAAUGCAAUGAUGUGGCUAAUUUAACUUGCACUUUAUAGGUAAGGGCUCGUUUUAAAAGAAGGAUUCAGGCCAUCCUCCCAGCUGUGGAUGAUGGGACUAGUACAAAACGAACAUCCGUUGUGCCCUCGGAAGUAAAUGAGGAUUCCACAGCCAUUGCUGCGCCCAGAAAAAUAAAGGUUCAGCCACUGAGUGACGGCGAAAAAACUAAAAGAGUCUCGAGCAAAACCUCUGUGUAGUUGUCAAUUUGUUACAUUGUACAUAACAACUAUGACUUCGUAGUGCGGCAUAUACAAGGAAAAUGUUGUAAGUUAGGAAUCCGGCAGCUAAUUAUUUAAUACAAUAUCAGAAUAGAACUCUUACAGAAAAGCCACGAAAAAAAACCAAAACCAAAAAAAACCAAUAAUAGGGGAAGAAAGUCGUUAUCUCAAGUGACGAAAGUCCUAAUUUGUUUCAAGUUUUUUGAGCUGCUUAUGCCGAACCUUAAGUUGGCUUGUCAGUGCAUUGUCGGUGACCAGAGCCCUGUUUCUAUACAAGAAACUAUUGUACGUUUAGAUUUUGAUCUGCUAUUUGUAGAUGCAUAUGCAUUUUGAAUUUACUUCUGCUAGCUGAUAAUUACCAAACGUAGAGCAUUUCGUGUUAUUAGAAUGUUUAUUUAAUUGAUGGAUCCAUGGUAUGACAUUUGCAUCUGCUUUCAAAAAGAUGGAAACGGCCAACAUAUAAAGCUAGUAAUAAAAGCUCUCCGUGGAGAUUGAGACCAUAUUGAUCUUAGCAUGUCUCUUUACAGCGUAGGUCUGUUCUCCUCUACAAAAAAACACCUUCGGCGCCCAC